CACUGUUUGGCCUUUAUUCCACAAUUACACAACACUGCUCGAAAAGACAGAUAUGGACGACAGCGUUAUAGUAAUAGACGACAGCGUGGUAACCGUAGAGGACGACGUGGAAGAUGGCGAGCUGGAGGACGACAUAGUGUGGCUUCCCGCACCCGAGACAACAACAACAAAUGAGGACAAACGGCCGGCUACCAACAAAUCAUCGAAAAAUGAGCAAAUUGAAAGCAAUCCAAGCAGUCAGGAAAACAACCAGGAAGAAGAAGCUACCGUGAUCUUUGAAGUAAGAUUUUCGAAGAAGGAGCGUUAUGCAGGCCUUCAAAAACAAAUGCUGGAGCUUCUAGAAAUCACAUUUGCGGAAAAGCAGCUGUUUUUCAAAUUAAACGAAGAAGAGCGACUGAUAAGAGCCUUUGAAAAUAGCAAUUUUACGAUUGAGAAGUCUCCCUCUCCGGAUCUGAACAUCGAAGACCUCUUUAUGAUUGACAUCAAGCCAGCCGCCAAACUGAAUGCCUCGCAGGUGCCCUCCUACAAGCGCAGUGCUGACGUGCUGGACGAACAGACCGAAGCUCGGAAGAAACUCAAAGCAGAGGCGGUGAACAAGUGCUGCCGCCCCAAGGCCCAGUCCGCCUGCUUUAACUGUGGCGAUACGGAUCACUCCAUACGCGACUGUCCCAAACCGCGAAACAAUGCACGAAUUCAGAGGGCACGAAGGAAGGUGGAGAGGUAUCACAUAGACACGGAGCAGCGAUUUGGACACAUAAAGCCCGGCAGGAUCAGCACAAAAACCCGUCACGCCAUAGGUUACGCUCGUGGCGAGCUGCCCUUCAUGUACUACAGACUACGAGUUCUGGGCUAUCCGCCCGCCUGGCUAGAGGAGGCCAAGGUCCAGAGCUCGGGCAUUGCUUUGUUCAAUGCUGAUGGCACGGAAGUCACCAAGUCCGACGACGAAGACGGGGAAGCAGACACCUUCAAGUACGACAUCAAUAAGAUAGUUGAGUUCCCGGGCUUCAAUGUAGAGCCCAGCGGCAAGUUCUUUGAUGACUUUCAACAUCACAAUGUUCCGCCGUUUCAACCUGAUCAUUCUAAAGCGAACUUUAUCAAAUCCCUCGGCGAGAAUGUGACCAGCGGCUACAGACGCAAGAAGCUACUGGAGCUGCCAGCUACCCACGACGAAGAGCCUGUUGAGCAAACCACUCUAGGAGACUGUGACAUGGAGAUAGUUGACGAAGCCGAGGAUCCGCCACUGCCCGCCUCGAUGCCGACGCCGCCGCCUCCGCCACCCGAGCCCAUAGAGGAGAAGCAGGAGGUGCGUGCUCGCUCGCCAUCACCAACGCUGGAGGAUUUGAGAGAGCAGCAAGAGAAGCUGCUGCUCCAACUGGAGUGCAAUACAUCGCUGAAUAGCACGGCGAAUGACUCAACUUCCCUGAAUACCCUGGACGACACGGUCGAACUGGAAGCCACAGGCAUUCCACAAACCCAAUCCGCGACCGCAAUGCCCGGCGGAACGAGAGCUUCUCCUCUGUCUUCUGCAAAGAAAUUUAAGGCCUCGUUCGACGGAACACCUGUGCUGAAGUUCUCCGUUUUUGACAAACUGCCCGAGGGCAGUAACUUCAAGGUGGGCGUCAGCGAUGUCAUUAAUUUCGAGAAUCUGCCUGACUCCACGGGAAAGUAUGAGCAAAUGAAGGAUCUGCUAAAGAAUGUGCGCGAAAAGAUGGUAAAGCUGCAGAGCGAGGAUUAACACUUCAAUUAACUCGU